GAAAUAAAGGAAGUCGUAGUGGAGGACGGGUGGGAGUAAGUUCAAAUUGAGUGUUCUGUUGCCAGAGCCCCCCAACCUGACAGCAAAGAAGCACAACUCUGGAUCUAAGAAAGGAGAAGCCAGGGAUAUCAAAGUGAACCUGCCUUUGGGUUUAGCCCUAGAUGCUGCUGAUGGCGACUGGCUUGAGAUGUUUUCUCAUGGCUGUCCUGAUAGUAGCAGUGGAGAUUAAGAAAGCUGGCUGCGUGGACAUCUUCAGCUCCAGAGGGCCAGUUUUCCUGCAAGAAGGAGAAAAACUGAGUUUAAACUGCACCCUGUCAUAUAAGAAAGGAGAGGCCAAGGGUCUGACAAUGUUUUGGUGUAAGAACAAGAUGGCACAAGGCUGCUCUCCUAGGACCAGCCUGAAGCAGCUAAAACUAAAAAGGGAAGUGGAAGUGGGAGAAGAAGACACUUUGAAGGAACACUAUACCUCCACAGUCCUUACCAUCCUUCAGGCCAAGCCAGCGGACAGUGGCAUCUACCAGUGCUGUGCAAGCAGCCAGAAUCCCAACGCCCUCUUUCAGAGCCACUAUAUCUCUGUGAAAAUCACAGAGAAAGGGAACUACACCACGACAGAACCAAAAUACGAAGGAAGCGCCUUACCUAGCCACAGUGAAAGAUCGUGCAAGAUGAGCUCCCUGGAGGAAAAAAUCUGGGGACUAACGGUCAUAGGCUUGCUAGCCCUUAAAGGCUAAGCUUUUCUCAAUCAAGACAUAUUUACUGAGUCACCAAUACAUGUUUGUAAGAAGUCUGGGGAAGACUUCAAAAGUAGGGGCAUCUAACUCUCCAAAGAAAAUCUCGGCUAAAAUUCAAGCUAUCUUUUUCCUUCUAUAUUUCACAUCAUAAAUUCCACCAAGAGCAGAAGGUUCUUUGAGGUGGGGAGUAAUAACCGCAGACCAGGAAUCAGGAGAACUGGUGAAAUGAGUUCUUCUCCCAGCUCUUCCAUUGGCUAGCUUUAUGACUUUGGAAAAAUCACUUCCCCCUCUGAGUCAAUUGCCUCAUUAAUAAAAUGAUGAGUUUGGUAUGGAUGGUCUGGUUACCAUGAAGUCUGAAUUCAUCUGCUAAGCACCAACUAGAAGAAAAGUGAGGGAAAUUCAACCAUACUGUAAACCCAUCUUCUUGUUUUCAUUUUCAUGUAAAUAAAAAGACAGAUCAGCUUUUAAAACGGAA